AUGCAGCACCUCACCCUCACCACGCUCCUCCUCUCCCUCUCCGGCUCGCUUACCGCCGCCUGGAAUGUGACUGCCUAUCGCAACAACGACUGUACAGGACAGUUGACCUCCCUCGGCGGGAAUCAGAGCUAUGGCUGUUAUUUCCUGCCCACCAGCGAGCCGAUCAAGUCCUUCGGGGUAGAAAAUCUCCCAGAAGGAUGGAGAUUUAUCGGAUCGAGCGGUCCUGCCUGUGACACCUGGCAUCAGAGUGGAGAGAAUGGGUGCUUUACUCAAAGCCAGGGAUUCCAGUCCUUUCAGUUGAUCGGACCUUCCAACUGA